AUGGGCCAAAAAAAUUCCAUUUACGAAUACACUAAUGUACCUCAAGAUUUAGAGAAAUUACAAUCAAUAUCAGAACAAUUUGAACAACUAACUAAAAAAAUGGCUGAUGAUUGUUCUAAACAUGAUCAAACUAAUUUACCUAGCAGCACCAGUAAUUUAGAUGGGCAUCAACUGGAAUCACAUGAUCCGCUGCUGUCGCCUAGAGAGAUUCAAAAUGACAAUAAUAUUACUACUGUCAAAACAUGUAAUAACAAAAACCAUCUGCAAAACAUGUACGUCAUUCGAAAUAUUUAUAAAGGCUUAAACGCUGAUUCUCUCUCGUUCAUUCUCAAUCCAAGUAUAGCCGAGAUUAGCCAAAUAACUGCAAUGAGAAUGAUAAAGAAAUUCGAAGAAGAAUCUGCAGUGCCCGAUGAGGCGGUAGAAAAUGGAAUUAUCGAAUCAAAUGAAAAUUUGGAUAGUGACAUUUUAAAAGAAAACGAAGAAUGUACGAUUAGUUAUGAAAACAUACUUCCAGAACCAUUUAUUAAUGAGUCGGAAAUUUUUAAAGGUGACUCUGCUGCAGAUACGACAGCGAAUGAAGAAAGCUUAGUACAAGAUUUCAAUAUCAUUAAUAGUAUUGAAAAUACUUCGCCCCCGAUUACUCAAUAUAUAAAAUCUGUUAUUGAUGACGUAACAUCCACUGUUUUUGACUAUGAGAGUCCAAUAGCUACUCAGGAUACAGUACUUAUGGAUACUAAAGAUGUAAUGCAUAUUAAUCCGGAAGAUUUGAUAAAUUUGGAUGACAAUAAAGAUAUACGAAUUGAUGUACGAAGAGAUAUACCUGUUAGUUUCGAAGAUGUAAUGCCAAUUGAGAAUGAAGAAACUGAAAGCGCUAGCCGAGAGGCAAAAGAGGCGUUCAAUCACUGUUCGGAGUAUAUCGACGAAGGUACGGACAUUAUGUCGCAGGUCACAGAUGAAAAACAUGACGAGGUCAAAACGACGAAAUGGAGAAAUGAGAUACUGAAUCUAAGGGAAAAGCUGAAUGAACUGAAGUGCGAGCAAAAAGAAGCGCAAAAUAAAUUGAAAAUAGCCGAACAUAAAUGCGAGUUAUAUAAGAUGGAGUCUCAAAGCCUCGAAGCUGCCCUACAUUGUAUGGAGGAUAAACUCAGUGGUGAGAAGUCUGAAUUCUGA